ACUGUCACGUGACCCCGCAUGUGAGAGGUUGGCCUGGCAACUCAAUCCUCCUUUCAGCUGUUUGUCUAUUUGCUUCUGGAUUUUGGAUGCUGCCUUUUUGAAGCUGCGGAGAAACCAAAAGACACUACUUGAGCGCAACCAGGAAGCGAUCCUACGGCUGAAUACGUUCCCAAAUUGCUCUCGAUACUUAUUUUUGAAGUGCAGACCGAGUAAGUGGUGCGCUUUCCGGCGGCCAGCUAUAGCGACGAGCUUAAAGGUCUAUCGAUUGGGACUAUAAGCAGGACUUCAAUGCAGUUGAACGGAGCAUGCUAUGGGGCUCGAUGACACGCUGGUUUGGUAUCAGAAGAAGAUUGGAGCAUAUGACAAAGAUGUGUGCGGCAAGAGCUUAGAGCAGCGUAUUCUGCGGGGCGUGAGCGCUAUACCGAAGAAGUCGGCUAAAAUUAAGGCAGAACUGAUUGACAUCGACCUUGUCAGAGGAUCUACAUUCAAAAAGUCAAAGCCACAAAAUAGCUGGCUUGCCCUAGCAACCAAUGGAAUCGUUCGGGUGCUCCUCUUUCCUCUCUACUUCACAUGGUGGAAGACGCAGACAAGCGGUGGAAUAUCGAUAUUCCUCCUCAUCCUCUACGUGUUGCAGCUCGUGGCCAUAUAUUUGCAUUCCAUACAGGACGAAUCCUAUGUCUCGGAGAAUACUAUAACUGAAGUUUUGACGCCCAUAGCCAUGAUGCUGGUUUUGGGCAUCAUGCAUGCACAAGUGGUAGCUACGUACAGUACCAAUGGACAGAUAAGCACAGUCAGGAGACCAAAGCCAGGCCGACAAAAACGGGUGAAGCGAAAGACGCGGACGCGCGUUCUCUAUGAAGGAAAAUCCUCGCCUGGAACAGCGUCUGAAGAGAAGACAGAAAGUCAGUGGUCAGAGAUUAAUGCUCAGAGGGUGACGACGGCACACUCAGGGAACGAUGCCAAGAGGACGAAAACAAAGGAGGAUCUGCUAGGAAGUCUUCGGCACGCAGUGCAGGGAUGCAUCAAUUCGAGUCUGCACGACUCGACACAUCACAAUUCCCGGCACGAAUCCCCAAAACGACAACACACGAGCAAAAAGAACUCGGAUGAAGAGAGUGGCCUGGAGAGCUUGGGCAACCACAACGGCACUGAGGAGCUGUUUGCGGUGCAGGAUAUAUCGACAAAGCUGCCGUCCAGCCCGAAGAGCUGCCAGCAGGUACCUUCGAACGACCAGGUCCGGAAAUCGUCCCCGUGUCUGGCAGACGAAAAGUCAUUACCCAGCUCGGAGGACGACGAGUUUUUCGUCGCACGCAAGAAUUCAUUGCGUGACCAGCGCCCCUUCUGGAAAGCCAAUCCUUUUUCCUCGACCGCUGAGCCCGGCAGCCACCUGUCAGAACUGUCCCAACCUCAGGGCCUUUUGUACUGUGUCUUGAAAGAGUCCCAAGACAAAGAGAUCCAACGGCGCAGGUCGUCUCCGCCGGACCUCCCUCCGUCGACGUCCACCGUGCGAAGCAGGCGAACCCGUGUUGCCCGAUUCACUCCGCCACCAUCUCUGCGUCUGCUGCGGCAGGAGUCCAACAGCUCCUGCGAGUCGGACAAGGACACCACGUCUCCUAAUACGCCCAUCAAGCCUCCAGCGUCGGACAGCGAGUGGCCGCUUCUGUCAAACACAGAUUGCAACGGCUACACUUCCAGUUCUGAAGGCAUAGAAGAGGACGGCCCUGACGACUGUGAGGAAAAUCCAGCUAACGAUAAUGCUGGUGCAUUUGCUGGUACACAGGCCGGCCUGGAUAAAGUGAGCUGCACUAUCUGGGAGCAUGGCGAAUGUAAGAAAGUGGACUUAUCAGUCAUGGACAUCGCGUCGGCAAUUAUUUAUAAGGUGGACUGCAUGAAACACAGUUCAGAAUACAUCUUACUCGGAUUCAUCCUGACGUGCGUGACAUCGUCACUUCCGCUGCUGUUCAGACUUCAGAGCUCGUCUGCACUCGACGGAGUUGUUCUCGAUGCAGACGCCCUCGUCAUAAGUCUACCUCGGGAAGUCCGUCGUCUGCCUGAGGUUCUUCACGAUGCUCUUUAUCAGUCACAUUGGAGCAGUUCAUCAAUUCUGCCACUGAUCUCAUUGCUCGGGCAGUUUUGUUUUGGCACCGUAUUCUUCUUUUUACUGUCCGUAGCUGAAAGGACUUUUAAGCAGAGGUUCCUUUAUGCCAAAUACUUCUGUCAUCUCACGUCUGCAAGGAGAGCCCUAAGGUCGGACUUGCCUCAUUUUCGCCUCAAUAAGGUCCGCAACAUAAAGACUUGGCUCUCCGUCCGUUCCUACCUCAAGAAACACGGUCCUCAAAGAUCUGUCGAUGUCAUUGUGUCCACUGCAUUUAUCAUCGGGGUGUGCAUUUUAUCGCUGCUCUGCGUCCAUUGGCUCAAGGAGAAUGAGCAGUUUGCCGAGCGGUUGUAUAGUUGGGAGAUGGUAUGCUGGAGCAUGGCACUGGGUAUUUUUCUCAUGAGAUUUAUGAUCCUUGGCUCGAAGAUAAACAACAAGUACAGGAAUCUGUCUGUACUCAUCACGGAGCAGAUCAACUUGUAUUUACACAUGGAGCAGAAACCGCACAAGAAAGAAGAACUCAUUUUAGCUAACAAUGUCCUCAAAUUAGCUGCUGAUCUGCUCAAGGAACUCGAAAGCCCCUUCAAAAUCUCUGGGCUCUGUGCAAAUCCCUACCUGUACAACAUCACCAAAGUAGUCUGUCUGUCAGCAUUUUCAGCUGCACUCACCGAACUGUUUGGCUUUAAGCUGAAGCUGCACAAGAUCAAGAUCAAGUGAAAGUUGGCAGCUCAGGAGCGGGACGCGUGCCCCGACACUGGAGACCAGAACCUUUUUCUCCGAGAUUAAUGCUCCCGAUCCGCGCGGACCCUCUAGAUUUAUCACCUCCAGACAAAGACUAGUCAUGUAGACAGUUUCUGUUGAAAUGAUUAGAGAUGUCUGCAUACCCUAGGAGCACAUGGUAUUUUAAAAUAUACACAUUUUUGUUCUCAA